AUGUUAGAGUCAAAUUUAUCAAAGGAAGACUUAGAAGAACUUUGCCGCGCUUUCAGUAUAUCUACAGAAGGUGUAAAGGCAGACCUAGUACAAAGGUUAAAGCAUUUUUCGGCAGCAGUAAGCAAAAAUCCGGAUAAUAUUGAAGAAACUGGUGAAAUGAACGUGGGAAUAUUUGAUUUUGAUGAGUCAGAAGAUCACGUGCAUAGAGAUGAUUUCAAUAUAGAUCUUGAAGCAAGAUCUUUAAAGGAAUUAGCAUACAAAUCAAAAGGAAAAUCGAAAGUGUGUAAAUCCGAACAAACGACAUUAUCCCGAGAUGAAUUUGGACAACCAAUUAGGGAAUUUGAUACAAGAUACACCGAAAUUAAUAAAGCAUGGCCAGCUUGUAAGUUUGAAAAGCUACAUGAUCAGCACGAAUAUGAUUCUUUAUGCACAAUAGAGAUGGAACUUGAUCUAGCUAAGAAAUCAAGAAGUUCUUCGGAGGUAAUAACUCAUAUUAAGAAGGCCCAGGAGGCUGAUGACUGGCUUAAAGGAAAAGAUACGUUAAUUGAAAAAGCUAAGGCAUUGGCCAAAAUAAAGAAGAACAAGCAACAAAAGACAACUAAUUGGACCAAAAAUCGGGAUUUCACAUUUCAAAAAUCAAACAACCAAGAAAAACCCCAGCAUUUUUACCAAAACUCCUACCAAAACUCUUACCAAAAUUUCUACCAAAAUCAUCAUGUGGCGAUUCCUCAAGUAAAUGCUACAUUUGUAAAGGAUACAGACAUUUUGCAAAUACCUGCCCUCGGACCUAUAUUGUGA